AUGCAGAUCUUUGUCAAGACCCUCACUGGAAAGACCAUCACCCUCGAAGUAGAACCAGCUGAUACCAUUGAAAAUGUAAAAGCUAAGAUCCAAGAUAAGGAAGGUAUUCCCCCAGAUCAGCAACGUCUUAUCUUUGCUGGUAAACAACUAGAAGAUGGCAGAACCCUCUCUGAUUACAACAUUCAGAAAGAAUCAACACUCCAUCUUGUACUUCGAUUGAGAGGAGGUAUGCAGAUCUUUGUCAAGACCCUCACUGGAAAGACCAUCACCCUCGAAGUAGAACCAGCUGACACCAUUGAAAAUGUAAAAGCUAAGAUCCAAGAUAAGGAAGGAAUUCCCCCAGAUCAGCAACGUCUUAUCUUUGCUGGUAAACAACUAGAAGAUGGCAGAACCCUCUCUGAUUACAACAUUCAGAAAGAAUCAACUCUCCAUCUUGUACUUCGAUUGAGAGGAGGU